AUUUGAUGAUCAAUAAUAAGUUUUAACAAUUUCAUUUAAUCAUAAAAGUUUGAAUUCAAAACCAUACAGCAUUAAUUUAGAGAAACAAGUUUGGAUUCGAAGGUUGUUUUCGGUUUGUUUUGCCGUACACAUCUGUAAACUAAAUCAUUUAAAAACAAUCUAUACGAUGCGUCCAUUAGAUUUAUAUGUGAUAUUAUUAGUAGUGAUCUUUCACUUUCGAAUAGAAGAAUAACAAACUUCCGACAGAUUUACUGAAGCCAAGUGAAUUAAGACAAAUGCGACAAUAAAAAAGUGGGUCAAAUCAUCUGUGAAAUCAGAAUCUUGACGUGACGUAUGUAAGUAGUGAAAGACUUCCUUCAGAAAUAUACAGUGAAAACGGUGAUAAAGUGUAGCUCAGACAACCGACAUGAUUAAUGACUUAAUUUGCAAACAAAGGUAUAGGUAUAAUAUAGCGGCGACUCGUAAAUCGCACGAAUGUGUGAAUAUUCAAUAACGUUAAAUUUCUUUGUUUGAGGUGUAAAGAGUUUGAUUUCACUUUGCUCAUGGUUUUAGCAUCUUAACAUUUUCUUCGUACUCAGCUACUCUCAAUGUUGUGAACCUCAGAGCACACUUCUCUUCGCAUGUAUGUUGCACAGUGAAAAGAUUGUACCACACACAAUUUUACUUUUCCGAAACUUUGUUUGUUAGGGAAAGUAUUUAUUAAAUUUAUCUUGCGUAUUUUGUGUUUAUACGGUUAUAUUCGUUUCAGCGACUAGGAGGAGAGAAAAAAAACUGUCGAUGUCUAGUUUGAUCGAGAACAUACCAUAAUAAGUCCAUGAAAUUAAUAGUCGCAACACUUCUGGUCUACAAUGUGGAGUAGAUGGUUGAUUUCAUCGCUUCAAAUGCUUCUACUAUGUGAACUAGUUAAUCUGAUGCCAAACAGUAACAGGACUUUAAAAAUUAAUCCAAAGCCAUGUACAGCAAAUGGUUAUGGAGGCACAUGUAUGUGGGUGUGGGAGUGUAUCAAGUCAGAUGGACAACACAUUGGCAUGUGUGUUGAUUCAUUUAUGUUCGGUUCGUGUUGUGCUCAUAAUUUAACCGAAAAUAUUGUUUUGACACAACAACAACAACACAUUGAUUUCAAGCCUCCUCUCAGGAAACCUAAACCACCAACCACAACAAACACAUCCAAUCGACCAAUGUUAGGUGGUACAACUACUAUAAUACAUCGACCACAUGGUGACAGUAUGUUGAUUAUUCGUCCAUCAGUAAACAAAAAUAGACCAUUACAAACGGCGGAUAAAUACUUUACAAAGAAACCAACUGUAGCUCAAACGACGAACUUAUGGAUAAAUUCACACAAUUUAACAAACGUGAUAACCGAUUUAGAUGCUGCGUCCAGUUCAUCAACUGGUUUAUGGAACCAGGAUGCACACACAACACAGUGGCAGGUAACAACUCAGCCAAAUUUCGUUACAAAGCCUAAGCCAACGGAAAAACUGCCAUCCCGCCCAAAACCAAAACCAACGAAGAAACCAAUUGUUUCUGCUUUACCGCAUAUUGUGAAGCGACCAACUUUAGCGUCUACAACGACAACAACGAUGAAAACAACGGCUGUUUCGAAUUUAUUUUCUCAAUCAACCAAACCAAAACCAACCGAGAAUAUAGACUUCUCAAAGCCAACAAUAACAUCAACAUGGCUAACAACUCGAAAACCACCUCAACCGUCCUUUACUCCAACUGUGUCUCCGCAAAAGAUUACAACUACUCCAGCAUCAACGUUUAAAACAACUACGACAUCUGUUCAACUUAUCAUCUCAACACAACAACAUUCUUUAACAGAGGAAGAAAAUACGAUAUUUAGUGAAGCUUCACAACAUGAUUCAAAUGAUAUUUUGGACGAAAAUGUGGACAAACCAAAGCGAUACACAAUAUCAGCAGCAAAAAGUGCAGAUUGUGGAAUAUCCACGAUUGGAAGACCUGAAACGCGUAUAGUUGGGGGGAAAAAUGCUCCGUUUGGUCGUUGGCCGUGGCAAGUAUCAGUUCGCAGAACAUCAUUUUUUGGAUUUUCAAGUACACAUCGCUGUGGCGGUGCCAUCAUCAACGAAAAUUGGAUUGCGACUGCAGGGCAUUGUGUCGAUGACUUGUUGACAUCUCAAAUUAGAAUUCGGGUUGGGGAAUAUGAUUUCUCACACGUCCAAGAAGAAUUUCCAUAUGUUGAAAGAGCUGUUGCCCGUAAAAUGGUUCAUCCAAAGUAUAAUUUCUUUACGUAUGAAUUUGAUUUGGCCUUAGUUCAACUAGAUUCAUCACUUGAAUUUGCACCACAUAUUGCUCCAAUUUGCCUACCGGGGACGGAUGACCUCCUUAUAGGUCGAAAUGCGACAGUAACUGGAUGGGGGCGUUUAUCCGAAGGGGGAACAUUGCCGUCCGUGUUGCAGGAAGUUCAGGUUCCAAUCGUUAGCAAUGACCGAUGCAAAAUGAUGUUCUUGAGAGCUGGUCGCCAUGAGUUCAUACCCGAUAUUUUCUUAUGUGCUGGUCACGAUACAGGGGGUCAUGAUUCUUGUCAAGGUGAUUACAGAUUUAUAUUUUCCCAUAUCGUAUUAAUAUAA